CAAUGGUGCCAAAAUCCGUUACAUAAUACAAUAUGAAAGGGAGUGUUGUUGUCAUGAUAAUGACUCGAUUUAGCAGCCACUGAAAUCUCAAUUCCUUUCUCGAUAUAAAUGUGAAGGUAGCUGAACAACCUGGUAACGUUACUUCAAACAUGUUUUCUAGGUUGACAGUAACUUACUGUCGUAACUGCGUAGCUGUGAAAUUAAUGCAUGCCGCUACCUUCAAAAUGUCGCCGUUAAAUUCGUAAUUUUGUCCAUUUGUUUUUAUUUGCACAAGCGACAUUAGGCAACCAGGCCUCGGUCAUAUAACCAGCCCCCCCCCCCCAAAAAACGUUCCGUGCUUAUCUUGCUUGAAGAAUGUUUCGCUGAACCUUGUCGAUAAACCUUGUAGUUAAAUUUGGCCUUGCUAGCAAGUGGAUACAACGGGUACAGAAAUACUUUCUAUCCGUAUUGAAUCGUUGUGGGUUGCCAUUUAAUUCGGCAUUAAUAACUUCAAUAAAACGCUGCUUUUACUUUUUUUUUUUUUAAACAGACUAAUUCUUGAAAUGGGUUUAGCGUUGUUACCACUAAACUACACCGCGCAGGGCAGUAGGGAGUAUAAUCUAAAGUUCAACUUUUAUUAUGGAAAAUUACUUGCUGCUUGUUAGAAAGAAACUUCUCAAACGACAAUUGUAUGUGAAAAUACCCCGGUGACCCGAGAAAUGUAACAUUAUAUGGACAUAUAAUAUAUAGAUAAGUUUUAAAUAGAUGCUUUUCUUUCUAUAAUGGUGAAUGUCCGUCUGGCAUAUGUUUCUGAGACCUUUUUGGCCGUGCCAGGAAGCCAAAUGUCACUCUACCUGUCUUUUGUCAGCUUUAUAAAGCAAAAGUUUCACUCCCGUUUUUUCCCUUCCAUUCAUAUACUAUAAAGCUGUUAGACAUGUUAUCCAUACAUGAAUGUAAAUAAUUUUUUCUCUGAUUCCCAAACCCAGGUUUAUUUUAUUUUAAUUUUUUUUUUUAUUAGAGGGUCUUCUUGUUUCAUCAAAGUUCUCAUCAACAUUUUUCUCUAUGUGGCAGAGGAGAUGUGACCUGAUGUGCAGUUGAAAACAGGCUUUCAUUUGGUCUCUGCUACAUCAGAGGGCUGCGACCAUGGAGUCGUCCUCUGAUGAAGAAGAGGGGUGCACCUUCAUCCAAGUCCUGAGUGAGAAAUACAACCCGGAGAAUUUCCCCUACGGCCAAGGAGUAGUGGUAAUGCCCAGCCCACCAGGGUCCCCUGUCAAAGGUCGCCUGUUCUUGCCCAAUAUGCUGGUUCUGAGUGACGCUGGAAUCAGAAAAGCCGGUGACAGGUCAGACAUUGCAGCUUUCUGCGCCCAUGUGCUAGAGCUGGAUCUGUCCCACAAUCAACUUAACGACUGGGCAGAGAUCUCCACCAUUGUUUCCAACAUUCCCCACUUGGAAUUCCUCAAUCUGAGCAUGAACCCUCUGAGUGGCGUAGAGCUGGAGCCCAGCAUGGCUGAGGUGUUCUCCAGGGUCCGACAACUUGUCCUCAUCAACACACAAGUCAGCUGGGACACUGUGCACACACUCACGCAACAGGCACAAGAGCUGGAAGAGCUUUUCCUGUGCCUGAAUGGCUACAACACCGUGUCAGAAUCCCAGAAAUCCUGUCCGUCCCUACGCCUGCUGCAGAUUACAGACAACCAGCUGAAGGAAUGGGCAGAAGUGAGGAAGUUGGGGCAGAUGUACCCGAGUCUGAAAACACUGAUUCUGGCCAAUAACAGUGUGGACUCUGUGAGUGACUCUCGGGAAACACUGGAGCAGCUCUUCCCCAACCUGCGCACCAUCAACCUCAACAACUCAGGGCUUAGUAAAUGGGAGGACAUUGAAAGGCUGGCUUUCUUGCCUAAGCUGGAAGACGUAAAAGCAAAGGGGAUUCCUUUACUGCAGCCUUACACCACCCACGAGAGACGUUGCCUCCUUUUAGCACAGCUGCCAUCUGUAGUGUUGCUGAAUGGAAGUGCAGUGUCUGAUGGAGAGAGAGAGGAUGCAGAGAGGCUUUUCAUCCGGUACUACCAGGACUGCCCAGAACAGGAACUUCCUGAGAGGUACCACAUCCUUGUAUCCAAGUAUGGUCAGUUGGCCCCGCUGGUGGAAGUGGACCUGAGCCCCCGCAGCACCAUGGUGGAUAUUCGCUGGGGUGACAGGGUGGAGGCCGUCAGCCUCAGUCUGGAGCAGACGGUGGGCGACCUGAAGAAACACCUUCGAGCUCUGCUGCAGCUGCCCACCAAUGGGAUCCGGCUCUUCUACAUCGACAGGGAGAUGUGUUCGGUCCUGGGACCUGAGGAGUUGAAGUGCAGCAGCCGCGCCCUCCAUUCCUACCGAAUCCGAGAUGGGGAUGAGAUCGAAGUUGUGCCCAAAGUUAAAAGUCGCUGCAGCUCCUCAGAUCUUUAAGUUCAGAGGCUCUCUGAUUUUGGAUGAAUGGGACUUUAGGAAUGCUAGAUGAACACUUACUUGAUACUAAGCUUUGACUUGAGCCUUUUUUUUUUUUUUUUUAGAUUAAUAGAAAAGGUGAUAUAUUUCAGCCUUGAAUGUAAAGGUGUUUGCUGUCCACCAUAUUGAACAAAUCUAUACAAUAGUAUAUUUGCACAUAGAAGUUCCACAUUCACAAAGCUUGUAUCCUAAGUCGCACAUGUCUUUGUUUUAGUUGCUUAAGGUAAGACUGCAGUUUACAUAACAUUUAUGAAAAAUGUUUUGCAAAUCCAAGAUGGGCUGCAAAUGGUUCUCUGAAAGAAAAAAACAGCAAUUGAAUGCAUACAUUGCACAUUUAGGAACUAAAACUAUUUGAUAAUUGUUUGUCUGAUUUAGAUUUGAGAUUUUAGGAUGAAAACGUUUAACCUUGCUUCAACCACGCAUGGGACUUAUUAGUAUUUAUGCGAGUAAAAAUAAUUGUUGAAAUUGGGUGACAAAAAAUAUAUAAUAGACACACAAGUUCAGAUGGAAAUUGGAUUUUAAAAAUACCAACUGCUGUGUUUAUACAUUCUGCCUUAGCUGGCUUUUCUGCACCCUAAUCAGCAGCUCUUCAGUGUUUUUCAGCAAUUAAGAUUACUUUGAGGCCUGUGUGCUGGAACAGUGUCCUCUGGCAGCAGGGAGCACUGCAACUUUUUAUGCCUGGGAGUAAACCGUUUGGGUGAAAAUAA